AUGGCGCACCUUCGAUAUAGUCUCUCCCCUCGCUUUAUUUCGGGAUGUUAUACUAGGCAGAGAUCUACCCUUUUUGUUACACCCAGGCCCACAACACGCGCAGGAUUGGCAUUAAGAAGGUUCAAUUUGCACCUACCAUACUCAUCCCCAUCAACUACGAAGUCACCCCACACAGCAGAACCGACCUCAGUAACUCGUUACUCUCCACCAAAGACAGGACUUGUUGCCUCUCUUCCUCAGUCUUGGAUACCGUAUGCCGAACUGAUACGCCUUGACAAACCUACUGGCACAUACUAUCUUUUCUUCCCAUGCGCAUUCUCGACACUUCUCGCGGCACCUAUGACAUCGUCAACCCCUUUCCAAGUCCUUGGGACGAUGGGACUGUUUUUAGCGGGAGCUUUGGUCAUGCGAGGCGCCGGUUGUACAAUCAAUGAUUUGUGGGAUAGAAAUCUGGAUCCACAUGUCGAACGCACCAAGUUCCGGCCAAUCGCUAGAAGGGCAGUAUCCCCGCGCAAAGCUGUAGUGUUCACUGGGAUGCAGUUGCUGGCGGGAUUGGGCAUUCUUCUCCAAUUCCCAACGCUGUGUCUUUGGUACGGGAUACCUAGUCUGCUUCUUGUGACGACUUACCCUCUCGCAAAGCGCAUCACGUACUACCCGCAAGCCGUUCUGGGCCUAACAUUUUCAUGGGGUGCGAUGAUGGGGUUUCCUGCGUUAGGCAUAGAUCUUCUCAGCAACCAUUCUGCCUUGGAGUCAGCAGCAGCACUCUAUUCUAGCUGUGUUGCUUGGACAAUCCUGUACGAUAUGAUCUACGCCCAUAUGGACAUAAAGGAUGAUGUAGCGGCAGGUAUCAAGUCCAUCGCUCUUCGUCAUGAACACAAUACAAAAACCGUUCUUUCUGGUCUAGCAGUUGUCCAAGUAGCGUUGCUUGCUGCAGCGGGCGUGUCGGCUGGCGCUGGCCCCGUCUUCUUUAUUGGCAGCUGUGGCAGCGCGGUUCUUUCUCUUGGAAUCAUGAUAUGGAAAGUUCAGCUGAAAAAUGUCCAGAACUGCUGGUGGUGGUUCAAGAAUGGUUGUUUGCUCACUGGAGGUGGCAUUACCUUGGGGAUGUUCUUUGACUAUAUAGCGCGUGCGACUGGUUUGGACGGGAAGAAUACAAGAUCACCACAAGUGAUCACAGACGUAACUUCCGAAUCCAAUGGAGAACUCAACUGA